CAAUUACUCGUCACUCGUUGACGAUUUCGGUGUGCAUGCUCAACGGCGACGAAUUCGUCCAUAUCGUCAUAUUUUCUCGUUGACGAGCGACUCGUCACGAAAUUCGUUGCAUUUCGACGAUAGUGUGGCCCGCGCUUUAGUGUGGUUUUACCGAUAGCAUUAGCUCGUUGGAUACAUGCUGCUUAUAUUUGAUCGGCAUAGGAGACGAAGCAGACAUCUGUUGACAUUUAAAAAAAAAUGAGUGGCCUAACCGUUGUAACAGCUCCUGCACUCACAAGAGUGUAUACUGAUGUUGAUACUGGUGCAGAUAUGGAUCUCUCCGUUUUUCAGGCAGCUUUGUUUCAAAUUCCUUACGGUUUUUUUAUAAUUGGUCAAGCAGCUGUUGGUCAUACUAGUGCCAAAAAUCCAGCAACAUCUUCUAUAAUAUUGGUAAAGCCAUCGAAACCUGAAAUGGUGGCCGAACCCGUACAUUUUGAGGAAGUAUGGAACGAUAAAGGUACGGGCGGUAGUGAACAUUGCUCGUUUUGGAGAGUUGUUCCUCCAAAUUAUGUUGCACUUGGUGAUCUGGUUACCAAAGGCUACGACCCACCAACGAGUGCACUAAGAUCAAAGUAUGCCUGCAUUAAAAAAGAAUUUGUUGUUCAGGGCGUAAUGGAUCCUUCUCCCAUAUGGAAAGACAAAGGUUCAGGAGCAGACCGUGAUGGCUCAUUAUGGGAAGUUCAUGGUGAAGGUCUUGGAGGCUUUUUCAAAGUUCAAAGUGGUUAUUCAAUGCCAGCUCUUGAUGUUUACGUUCUCCCUGCUACAGUUGAAGAAAAAAGAAAAAGCUAAGCAAAUUAUUCUUGGAACGUUUUUACUUUAUUAACUUCUUACAGUAGAACAUUUUUACUAGUAAUUUUUGUUUGACUGUUAUGCAUGUGAAAUUUCAUUUAAAACCUUUUGUGCAAUGUUUUCUGGAAGCCGUUAUAUAUUUCAGGCAUGAUUAUCUUUCUUUUUAAUUAAUAAAGUUUGCCAGUUAAUCAUCUAAAA